GAUGGGCUAUUCUUUGGCUGUUGUCGGAGAGAGAGGAUGAAGCUCCUGAUUGCCAGCGCAGUGUUCCUGCUGGGAGUCAGCCUGGCAUGGGCUGAUACUCAGGAUAUCAGAGACCCAAAGGUGCGCGUUUACUUAGAAAAACCAGUGGAAUUUGGCGUCAAAAACAAGAUGCUCUGUUACGUGUAUGACUUCCAUCCUCCACUAAUUAAAAUCGGCAUGCAUUUAAAUAAGGAAGAGAUCCCCAAUGCCCAUCAGAAUGACAUGAAAUUCAAUCAGGAUUGGUCCUACGAAAUGCUGAAAUAUGUGGAGAUCACCCCAAAGCAGGGAGACAAGGCUACAUGCACCGUUAGCCACAAUGGACAAGAGCCAAAGACCUACGAGCUGAAUUGGAUGUAAUACACUUUUCCAAAGCUUGGUGACUGGCAUCCGAUACUCAUUCUCCAAAAGAAACAAUCCUGCCCUCACCCCCACCAGCGAUGAAUGUGACCACACUGACCAAAUAGCCGACUGUCAGCCAUGAAGUUGUCUGAUCUCCAUUUCUUCUGAUACCUGAAUGACAUGCGACCAGCCCGAGACUUUAUCUCGAUAAAAUACUUUUUGUGUGUAUACAUCUUCCUGCUGAUUGUUGUCUAUAAUCUUAUAUACUGAGCAUAUCAGCCACAAAAUGUUAUUCGCACAGAUUAAAAGAUAUAACUACCUAAAGAAUGAGCACACCUAGUGAGAUGUCUACAACACAGAGGUCGGGGAAUAUGUAACAUAAAUUCUACAUUUGACCAAUAGUCACGUAUAUAGAAAUAAAGAUUAAGGCUGCAGUGGCUAUCACAGUGUAAACAUCAAUUCGCACUCCACAGCCCAAAAACACUUCCGCUUGCUGAAAUGCUUUAUGGGUGAGGAGUAUCUUCAUUUAACCCCAGUUUAUAAAAGUGCCCAUUUCAAUAAGAAAUCAUCACUCUUAUCAAGUAACUAUGGGACGCUCCCAUGGCAUCCAAACAGCCAGGUAGGGUUGCAGCCUCCUACUGUUGGCUCUCCUGAUAUAAAAGAAGUGGCAGGCACAAGACGGCACGUUUACUGUAAAGAGACCUGAAAGUCUCUUUGAUGGUUAAACUUGGCGUUAGAGAUUCCUGAAAAUCUUUUCGGCAUAUCCUAACCCAAAUCCAAAAUUAACAAGCACUUUUUUU